CACACACACACACUGUCACCAUGAGUGCGUGCAGCAGGAAGGCCCUGACUUUGCUCAGCAGUGUCUUCGCAAUCAGCAGCUUGGGUCUGCUGGGAGUGGCAGUCAGCACUGACUACUGGUUGUACCUGGAAGAGGGCGUCAUCAUGCCUCUGAACCAGAGCACUGACAUCAAGACUUCGUUGCACUCGGGCCUCUGGAGGGUCUGCUUCCUUGCGGGUGAGGAGUCUGGUCGGUGUUUUACCAUCGAGUACAUCAUGCCCAUGAAUGUCCAGCUCACGUCAGAGUCCACCGUAAACAUGCUCAAGAUGAUCCGCUCAGCCACUCCGUUCCCUCUGGUCAGCCUUUUCUUCAUGUUUAUCGGUUUUGUCCUCAACAACAUUGGGCACAUUCGUCCUCACCGCACCAUCCUGGCCUUUGUCUCUGGAAUCUUCUUCAUCCUCUCAGGUCUGGCUCUGGUGGUGGGUCUGGUGCUGUAUAUUUCCAGUAUAAAUGAUGAAAUGUUGAACAGGACUAAAAGCACUGAGGCCUAUUUUACCUACAAAUAUGGCUGGUCCUUCGCCUUCGCUGCCAUUUCCUUCCUGCUCACCGAGAGUGCAGGCGUCAUGUCAGUGUACCUGUUCAUGAAGCGCUACACAGCAGAGGAGAUGUACCAGCCGCGUCACCCCAGUUUCUACCGCCCCCGACUCAGCAACUGCUCUGACCACUCAGGCCAGUUCCUCCAUCCAGAGGCCUGGUCCCGUGGACGCAGUCCCUCAGACAUCUCCAGUGAAGCUUCACUCCAGAUGAGCGCCAGCUACCCCACACUGCUCAAAUGCCCUGACUAUGACAUGGUCUCCUCUUCACCCUGCUGAUGAUCCAGGUCAGGUGAAGAUAUAACGUGAAGAAUCGAAAGGCAGAGUGAAGACAGCGAGGAAAAACACUUGCUCGGACUGUUAAGUGUAAUUAUAGUCAAACAACGAUAAUAAAUCAAGCUUUUUGCACCGUU